AUGGGGACUUCCGCGAACAACGCCUCCCGUCGAGGUGAGUCGAAGUCCCCCAAACAGUCUACAUCAAAGAACCCAACACCACCCCGCCAAGACCCUGCGCCCACCACCGACCCAAAGCAACACGAGAACAACACCAAGCCAGAAAUCGACGGUGCCAAGCCCCUUGGCCCUCCCCCUCGACCAGGCCAACCGCAAGGAAAUAACACUCCCGAUUACUUCGGAGCCACCCGUGUCGGCGACAACAACCUCAGCCUCGAGCCCAAUCCCUUUGAGCAGUCUUUCGGUGGCGGUUCAGGCGCAGAGACUCCUGGUGGCACCAAACUUCCCCCCGUUGCCCACAUCACAUCACCCUCGGCCCUGCUGCCUGGCACCGGCACAACUCCCUUUAACUGGGGAGGAGGUUCGCUGCGAACAGGCCCUCUGAGCCCGGCUAUGCUGUCGGGCCCGACCAAUGAUUACUUCAGCGACACUCAUCACAUACGCGGCGGGUUCCCUACUCCGAACGAGUCCUCACUGAGGACCGGACUUACGCCGGGGGGCAGUGGGUCUAUGUUCCCUGUCCCAAGUCCCAACUCUCAGCUCUUUGCCCAACUCGCCGGCAACGCCGCGACUCCUGGCACUCUCGACUUCCAUCGCACGGCUUUGAGCGCCGCGGCUGCCGCUAAGCGCGACGGUCAGAUCCAGCCCCCGGAUCAGCUCUCGGUCACUUCCCAGCCUCAGGACAUGCCUAACGGCUUGUCAGCUGCCAAACCCGAGGCCAAACCGGCCGGUCCCUUUGAUCCACACGACAACGAUGCCGCCAACGGCCUCUUCAUGCUCGCCCAAGGAGCCCAGACUAGGAACGGCGCUUCUGCACCGGGCUUCGCGCCCACCUCACAAGCACAGGCGCAGGCGCAGGCGCAGCCAGCACCUGCCCCUGCUGUCCAACCCCUCGAUGCCGCUCACCAGAUGGCCUCCGUUAACGGCGUCCCUCCAGCUGCUCCCCCCUCGUCCACGCGGAGCGUUAGCGAAGGCGGUAGCACGGGGUCUGACGAGCGUGAGCAGGUCAAGCCCAACGCGCGAGGCAAGGGCAAGAAGGGCGGCGCAACGACCAGCGUCAAUGGUCGGAGGAAAGCCGAAGAUGCCCCUGCCAAGGGCCCUGCCAGCAAGAAGUCUAAGACUAGCACUGCUGGAUCGAUUGGAGAUGACAGCCAGGAUGAAGAUGAUGAUCAUGGAUCCAAGACUGAGGAGGGUGAUAGCACUACUUCCAAAUCCAAGAUGACAGACGAGGAAAAACGGAAGAACUUCUUGGAAAGGAACAGAGUUGCGGCGCUGAAGUGCAGGCAGCGUAAAAAGCAGUGGCUGGCUAAUCUGCAGUCCAAGGUAGAGCUAUACAGCAGCGAGAAUGAUGCCCUGACGGCGCAAAUCACGCAGCUCCGUGAAGAGGUGGUCAACCUCAAGACCCUGCUGCUCGCCCACAAGGACUGCCCGGUCACUCAGCAACAAGGCCUCCACGGGGCUUUCAUGCAACAGGCCAUUGAGCCCUUCAAUCCGCAAAUGAACCCGUACGGUAUGGCGGGACCAAUGCCGCCGAACCAGCAAGUGCUUGCUGGAGGACAGGGGCCCCCACGCCGCUUCUCGUAG